AUCCUGUUUUCACUGAGUUUGUCUCUCUUCUUCCCAGUCUCUUCUCCUUUCUUCUGCUUGCAGGGUUGCUGCAAUAGCACCAAGUUCUCCUACGUGCUCCUGAGGCUACAGAGAUCGAUGGUUUUCCUCCCUUCUUAGAAUAAUGUUCAUAAAGCAGGGUUCGAGUUUCUCCCAGAUAAAAAAGAGCAUAUGAGGACUUGCACCUCCCUCCUCCACAGAUGGAAGGCACCAAGGAAAAAAUAAUCCUGAAUAUUGGGGGAGUCAGAUAUGAGACAUACAGCAGCACCCUCCGGACCUUCCCAGGGACCAAGCUGUGCAGCCUAACAGAGCCCCAUGCCCCAAGCAUCUACGACUAUGAUCCCACCACCAAAGAGUUCUUUUUUGAUAGGAGUGCUGAGAUCUUCAGCUACGUGUUGAACUAUUAUAGGACCAAACAUUUCCACUGCCCCAUUGAUACCUGUAGGUCAGUCUUAGAAGAAGAGCUGGCUUUCUGGGAAAUAAAUGAGACACAGCUAGCAUCCUGCUGCUGGCUGAAGCUGAAUAACAAAGAGGUGCAGCCAGAGGAGUUUAACAUUUGGGAUGAAAAUGAACGGACUGAUGACCAGUGCCUCAUAGUCCAGACAGAAAGACGGGAUUUCAGCUGGCGAACCAGGUGGCAGCCAAAGAUUUGGUCUAUAUUUGAAAAACCCUUUUCCUCUUUCACUGCUAAGUGCUUGGCUUUUGUUUCUCUGCUGUUCAUCGUUGGAAUUGUCAUCAUAUUCUGUGAGGAGACCAAGGCACAAUUUGAGUUCUUUACUGCUAAUUUCACCUUUGUUGGCUAUUCUGAGGUCUCCCAUGACAACCAUGAACUCUAUUACCACCAGGCUGCCUACUUGCUUCAUCUGGAGCUUUUCUGUGUUCUCUGGUUUACUUUUGAGUUCUCUGUGCGGUUUUGUUUCUGCCCAGACAAGAAGUUGUUCUUCCAAAAUCCCCUGAACGUGGUUGACUUCCUCUCCCUCUUUCCAGUUUAUAUUGAACUUUUCGUGGCUGGGCAGAUUCAGAGAACACCAAGCCUGGGGCUUUGGUUGGGCUUUGUUCGCAUUGUCUAUCUCCUCAAACUCCUGAAGAUAUCCAAGCUGAUAGAAACACCACUGAUCCUCAGGGUUCUGUGCUACACCCUCAAGUCUAUCCUUAGAGAGAUUUGCAUCCUGCUGAUGAUUUUGGCCUUUGAGACCCUCUUCUUUGGCUCUCUCUUUUUCUAUGGGGAAUUGCUGGGUAGCCAUCCCUCCUACACAGGGGAGCUGCACUUCACUGACAUUCUUGUUUGCUUCUGGUGGGCUUUGAUCACACUCACUACAGUGGGCUACGGAGAUAUUAUCCCUCUUACAACAGUUGGCCAAGUGACAGCAGCCUUAGCUGCAGUAUUCGGCAUGUUAACUAUUAUCAUCCCAAUACCCAUUUUCCUGGUGAAAUUUAAAAGCUAUUAUGACAUUGCUAUCUUCAAACAGAAACUGAAAAGGAGCAAGAAAUGUUAACGCUUCAGAACCUCUGUUCCCCUUUGCCUUUAGCAAUAAACCUUCCCUUUGGUGGGAAGGGAGUGCAAAUAGUUCUUACUGCGUUUACUUGCUGCCUUAGCAUAUUUCAAACCAUUGGUGAGGCUUCAGGUUGCAGUACUUGAUACACAACUGAUCAGACCUGUUGAAUCCCAUGGGUCUUUCCCAUAUUGUACUUCAUCCCAUGCUCUUCUACAUGCCACAGAUUCUCUUUCUCAUCUAGCUGUUCAGAGACAGGCUGUGAUGCUGCAUCGUAGCCUGAACGUGCACCACAGAGCCCGGUUCCAUGACCUGGGGCCACAGCGCAUUCCCUCAGCUGGCAUAAACCCCAUGGUGCUAGCUAUGCCCUCCAUUGCCUGACAGACCAUAAUCUCAUUUUGCAUGCUGGGAAAGAUUUGUGCAUGGUCCUGCUCCGACAGAGAGGAGGAAACAUGGGCUUGGGUUUUUUUUUUAAACGAUGUUCUGUUUCUUCAUUUCACCUAGAGAAGCCAGUACAUCUGAUUUGCCUGCACUCCCACGCCGAUGUAAAGAAGGGAGCGGGCUGCACGGGGUAUCUGUGGUCCUGAGAGCCAGCGCUGUUUGAUAACCUGCUUUGCAGGCUCACCGGAAUUGCUGUGGCAUUUGAGUAGCAGCAAGGGAGCCCUUCGACAGCAAAUCCUUUUUAGCUCUGCAGAAGUCAAUGGCAACCUUUCAUUGACCUCUGAGAUCAAAAUUUCAUUGGAGACUUCCCGUGGAUCAACACAUUUCAACAGUUCUUGAUGUUUAUGUAACAAAGUCACUGAGCAAUUAGCCGAAAUAUCUGUUUUUUGCUGUUCAAAAGGGAGAACAUAAUCUACACUACUCAAUAUAAUUUUAAUGUCAUUUACUUUCUUAAGGCAUAGAUGUAAACUAGGAAUAUUUAUCUUUUAACUGGAUAGUCUUAAUUGUUACUUAUGUUUAAUUUUGAAAUAACAAAUAUGGUUGAGAUAUGAGGAAAAAAUACAUCCCGUUGUUUAUAUAGCAGGAUGAUGUGCUAAGAUUAUUUUGUUUAGUAAGUAAAAAUUUCUGUAUACAAUAACAUUUAUGUAUUUAAAUUUCAUUAAGGCUGUAUUUUAAAUGCAAUUUUGAUUAA